AUCAUUAGCCAAAACUACAGCCAAAACCACGGCACGCUGCGGCCGCCUGCUUCAGCCAUCCGGCGCCUCCUCAUCCGUCACUCCGUCGAACACCCCGCGCGCGCUCCAGCUGCUGCCUGCUAUGCUCCUCCGCCCGCGCCCCUCCCUCCUCCGAGCCCUCGCGCCGCCGCCGCUUACCCGCGCCUGCGUCCCUGCCCGGCGUACGCUCUCGGCGGCCGCAGAGGCCGCGGGGACCGCAUCCGCAGGCGAUGCGGCGCCGGCGCCGGCUGCACCGCGCAAGAAUACCAGGAAGCUCGGGCCGCCGCCCACGCAGAUUGUGAAGAAGGCGCUGUUCCUUCCGCCCGGGGUGGAGGGGGACGCGGCGGUGACCGCGGACAUGGUCAUUCCGGGGUCGAACAUCGUGGUGGGGCCCUACGCGGGGGACGCCAGGGUGAAGGAGGCCGAGUUCGUCAAGAGCAGCGCCCGCGCCCGGGACUGCCCCAAGGACGACCGCCCCGAGUUCGCCGUCCUAGGCCGGUCGAACGUCGGCAAGUCGUCGCUUAUCAACGCCCUCACCCGUCGCAAGGAAGCUGCUCUGACCUCCAAGAAGCCCGGGAAGACCCAGACAAUUAAUCACUUUUUGGUUAACAAGAGUUGGUACCUUGUGGAUUUGCCUGGUUAUGGGUUUGCAGCUGCGUCCCAAUCAGCUCGAAUGGACUGGUCUUCAUUUACCAAGGGGUACUUCUUGAACAGAGAUACGUUGGUUGGUGUACUUCUCCUUAUCGAUGCCAGUAUCCCACCACAGAAAAUUGAUCUUGACUGUGCUAAUUGGCUUGGUCGUAACAACAUCGGAUUGACCUUUGUGUUCACCAAGUGCGACAAAGUAAAGAAAGGUAAAGGGAGGCGGCCUGAUGAGAACAUCAAGGUGUUCCAGGAAACAAUCAGCGGGCUGUAUCCAGAUCCACCACCAUGGAUCAUGACGAGCAGCGUUACCGGAUUAGGCCGGGAUGGGUUACUCCUCCAUAUGUCGCAACUAAGGAACUACUGGGACAACGAAGCAGUCUAGGUAGACCUGCAUAGAUCAACCGUCGCUAGCAACAACUGUAGUAGUAAAUGUUAGAAGAGAGGAUUACAGGCCAUGACCUUCCACCGAUAGAUCUCAGCUUCUCACGGGGCUAGUUGUUCAGUUUCACUUCCAAAUUUUGGCCUUCAGAUGUAUAGCGAGAAUGCAGCUUCCCCUGGUUUCUGUUUCAUCCAUCCAUCCUGUGUAAGUGAAGCCCUUAUUAUGGUUCCUGCGUGUACGACCACCAUAAAUGUCCGAUCUGGAAUUACACAUUUAUGGAGGCACUCGGGAGAAUUCAAUACGCUGUACACAUUCAAUGAGCCCCGAAGUCAUGAAGCUGAAACCCUUGCGAGCA